UUUAAAGCACCGCAGUUUUUAUCACAUUUUGUCAGUUUUAAAUCGUAUUAAGUAUGGCAGAAAAUAAUAACAGAAGGUACAAGAGGUUUUUGGAGCCAGAUUUUGAGGGCAACAUCCCGAAAGCUACCAAAUGGAGGCUGUCAGCGUCAUCGAGCGCUGGAUGUUCUGUUACCGGCUAUGAGAGACCAGACACAACUGAAAGCCAUCCGAGUGACCAACAACAAGAUGACAGCGUAACAGUCGGCGGACAAACCAUAGACGAAGUGGAAGAUGCUCCCGUUGACAUUGACAAUGAAUCGGAUCACGCCGAACCACCACGAAUGGAGCCAUCAGACGACCACCUGGACACGGUCCAAGAUGGCAGCGCUCCUACCCCAGAGGAGAGUGAAUUGCCGGAGGAUGAAGACAAUACAGAUGAAUGGUUUUCUGCUAGCGAGGACUGGGAAGAUUGGCUGGAGGAUGGAGACAAAAAACUCGCUACAGCUGGCACUGUUACAAGGGCAGAAGCGAUCCUCCUCAUCUUAGUCUUCUACUACAAGCAUGGACUGAAUCUGGGCGCGCUCGGUGAUCUCAUGGUCCUCAUCAACACACUAUUUGGCUAUGAAGCAGUACCACGUUCGCUACAUCUUCUGCAGAAAAUGGUUAAAGGCUACUCAUCCCUAGCCCGGUUCCACUUCUUCUGCCCUUCAUGCAUGACAUUGCUGUGUACAACCAGUGAGGGAUCCAGUCGUAAAAGAAAGUUGUGGUGUGAAUUAUGUAAGGAGUGGUGUACCGCCUCAAUCGGAAAAGGGAACAACUAUUUCAUAACUAUGUCUGUCGCAGAGCAGCUCAAGCGAAUUCUUAGGAAGUAUGCAUCUUUUUUGUGCUUCACUAGCAGUCGUGAAGGCAUCAUCAGAGAUAUAUGUGAUGGGGUCAGGAACAAGGCACUCAGGGCAAAAACGGGUACCUCACACAUGAUCUCGCUGCUAUUCAGUACUGACGGAAGUCCCGUUUUCAAAUCGAAUGGUAAGUCCAUAUGGCCCAUUACAGCCUUUGUCAACGAAAUUGCACCUAAGAUGAGGUAUAGGCUCCCAAUUUUGGCUGGCAUUUGGUGCGGUAUUGGACAUGUACCAAUGACGAUGUUUUUCCGAGCAUUUGUUACCGAGAUGGAUCAGCUGGGAAAAUUGGGGGUUCGCUGGAUGCAUGACGGGAGACAAAUAGUUUCGAAAGUAUUUGCGGUAUGUGCUUGCCCGGACACUUUAGGGAGGUCAGCACUGCAAAAUCACAUCAGAUUUAAUGGUUUCUAUGGCUGUUCUUGGUGUCUGCAUCCCGGAAAAUUUCUACAAAAUCAGGUGCGGUACGUCACCCAAGAUGUGCAGAGCCCAUUUAGGACGGACAGAGAAAUUCGAAGAGACGCAAAAGCCGCUUUAGAAUCUGGCAAUGCAGUGCGUGGUGUAAAGGGACCAUCGUGUCUUUACAAUCUCCCUGCUUUUGACCUAGUGUCGGGCUACGUACCCGAUUAUAUGCACUGCGUCUGUCUCGGUGUUGUUAAAAUGAUGACAGAACUCUGGUUCUCAACCAAAAACCACGCCGAGGCAUAUUAUAUCGGUCAAAAGAAAAACGUUCUCGCUAUCAAUGCCCGCUUGCUGGGGAUCAGACCACCAAAGGUGGUCACACGCCUUCCACGGGUUAUAACUACCAGAAAGGAUUGGAAGGCGUCAGAAUGGAGGGCUUGGCUUCUUUUUUACGCCGUUCCGUGCUUGUCAGGUAUCAUAGAGAGCCAGUUCCUGAAGCAUUUCUCUUUGCUGUCAUCCGCUAUCUUUAUCCUGCUGCAAGAUAAAAUCAUGACAGAAGAAGUGCGAAGGGCAGAGGCGAUGCUUUUCGAAUAUGUCGUUACAUGCGAAAUUUUGUACGGCACGAAAAUAAUGACCUCGAACGUCCACCAACUGCUGCAUUUGGCGGAGAGUGUUAAGCGCUGGGGCCCCUUAUGGGCUCACUCUGCCUUUCCCUUUGAAGACUGGAAUGGGCGACUCUUAAAGUACGUUCACGGGACCCGAUCAGCAGCCAACCAAAUUCUAAAUCAUUUUUCCGUAUCCAAAACGAUUGACGCUAUGCUAAACACGAUUGAACUAUCGCCACAGACAAAUGCAUUUUGCCGAAAGAUUUUGGGUCACAAAUCUUUCAGUCAGUGUUCUGCCUCUGGUCAUGUUUCUGUGGGUCUCGGCUGCGGAACCACAGGGCACCUCGGCGCUGCAGUCAGAAGCGCAUUGCAAAAUUGUUUGACUGUCCUACCAGAAGGCGGUACAUUCUUCAAACGUAUGCUGCAUAUGGGAAUGAUCUUGGAUGUCUCAGAGCGGCAAUACAAACAUUCAGACUGCUACAUUAUGACUCACGAAGGACUUUGCUUAGAACUACGGAACAUUAUUCAGUUGACUGUCGAGAACGAGCGCAUCUUUUUCCUCGUUGGAGUUCCAUUGAAAUCAAUCGGCUCAUCUACUUCCCGCCACUACCCCAUGCAUACACGCAUCAUGGAGCGAGGCUCCGAUGAUGAUAUAGUUGCAGUCAGAGCGGCAACCCAGGUGGAGAAAUGUGUGGCUGUUACACUUCACACCAACCACUUGGCGAUAAGCAGAAUCCCAAGCACAGCCUGGGGGGACUGAACUCGAUUCGCUAACGUCGAUGUGGUCUCUGAUGAUGUUCAAGCCUCAAGAGCAGUCAUGUAAAUUGUAAGCUCACAUCGGCUUACUUUCAUAGGUACUUGACAUCUGUAGGGUGUAUUGGGAUACCAAUUUGCAUAUUGUUGCUGUUGGCAUAGGUGUACCUAAUGCUGUGUUGUUUAAGUGUCUGAGUUUGCACCAUGAAUGUCAGCUAGUCACUGUUUGUUGGUUUCAAGUUGGCAAGUGCAGACACCAUCGUGUUGUUCAACGGACGAUAACUGUUACUUCUGAACGAUUGGAAUCGUCCGUUUGAGCAUGUUGAUGAACAAUUAUGCGUGCCUAUGAUACAUAUGAAUACAGGC